GAUCGAGGUGUUGGAAGUGAAUGAGUAUGUCUUUGAAGAGUUGCGACUUGCCCCAGACAUCGUGCAAGAGACACAGGAGGCAUGGCGAACCUUUAUCGGCUUGGCCAGCUCACGCGAUGCUGCGGGCGAAGCGAUCUACUCCGCCAUCUUCGAGUCUGCCCCAACGCUUCAGGGCCUGUUCAAGACCCCACGGCCGGUGAUGGCCAUGCGCUUCAUGAACGGCUUGAACAAUAUCAUCUCGUCGAUGAACACAUCGUCGGCGUUGAAGGUCAUUGUAGAGACACUGGGCUUCCAGCAUUUGGACUUGGACGUCACGGUGCCGCGAGUGGGCCUUUUCCGCGAUGCCGUCGCGGAGCUCUUUGAACAAGAGCUAGCAGAGCGAUUCAGCUCGAAAGCUCGAAGUGGCCUGAAAUCCAUCUUCAACUACGUCGGAGGUGCUUACAUCUUCAUCCGACGCGAGUACGCUGGCAGGAUUAAGAUCAUCGGCAAAAGCUGGCGAACUGCGAACAACAAGGUCGAGGGCAGCGACGAUGGCAGCGAAGAAGAUGGCCAGACAGGGGAUGCCACUGCCGGGCUUGGCUUCUCUUUCGAGGAGGCACCGGAGAAGGCCACCAUAAAUACCUCUGGGAGCAAGGAUGGCGAAGAGCGAGAGGCCCGGGAUUCCGACGCAAAGAAGACCAUGGAGAGCAUGAAGGUGCCAACUACCUUCAAUGAAAUGUUCCUCUUCAAUGCUGCGGUCAUGGGCUUCAGCGCAAGUACCUGGAUGCAGAUGGUCCUGGAGCAGUUCGGUGCCAUCGUCAGCAACGUUGCCAACUCCUACCGCUUGCAAGAGGAGUGCGAUAUCCUGGCACUGCGGCUGGCGAAGCACAAGGGACAGAAGAUCUAUCUCAACGAGUUCAAAGCCGUGAUGCUGGCAGCGCUCCGCUCGCUAGUGCCCCGGGAGUGGAGCUCAGAGCACGAAGUGGCGUGGUGCUGGCUUUGGGAGAAUGUAGAGCGGCUCCUGCGACAGACCGUCGGAAAGCCGACCGUCCAGGCACGAAGCCUCGAGCGAUUCAUCCGAAGCCUCACCGACGAGGCACAGACCAAGCUCCGAAGCCAAGUCUACGAGCGGUUCUUCCAAGUAGCCCCUGCAGGUCAGGACCAUUUCAAGCAGUCCACCUCCCGCUUGCACUUCAUCGCGGAUAAGGUUUUCGAGAUGACAUUGGAGAUCUACCACGAGCCCAGGAG